UCACCGAGUCUCCACUCUGAGUCUUCACUGGAACAGAGUUUGCGGAUUACUGUUGGUAAUGACCGGUAUUGCGUUGGCACACCAGAGCGAAGGAGGCUGCCUGAUAGACUGGGCUCACCUAUUGAUAACCUGAGUGACAGGGAUGAUAUGGCUGACGGUCCAAUAUUCAAUAGAGGCCUCUCAUGUCCUCGAGGCCUCGAGAGAUACCCAUCACAUGAAGAUCAGGCUUCAAGUCCCUUCGUUGUGAGACAUGAUGAAGACUAUCGCAACCGAGAUGUUUUCCUCCAUCGUUCAGAUUAUAGUCCGCAUUACGGUCGUCGAGAAGAGCUGCCUCGUGGUUCUGACAGAGAUGGUGACAAACUCAGGAAAUCCUCCUACCCGUUGAGGCCAGAAGAUAGGGGCCGAGAAAUAAAGCGACCACGGUACGAAAAAGAUGAGAAGAUGCAUGGUGUGAGUGGAGAGUAUCAGGGUUUCUCAUCAGGAACACGAAACUAUCGCAGAAGAAGCCGCAGCCGCAGUAGAAGCCCGAGCCCAUCAUACCUGAAUGAAGAAUUCCGAGAGCUUGACCGUGCAAGGAGGAAAAGAGAAGAAGAAGAGCGUAGUAGAAACUUGAAUCAUGAUGUUUCAGGCAGUGGUUAUGUGAUCCCUGGCUUGACUAACACACUACAGAAUUCUGAGCCUCGGUAUACAUACAGGCCUGAGGAAAUUCCAUCCAUGCCCAAAAAAUCUAUUUUGAAGAAACGAGUGGAGAUGGAAGUAGAGUCUCCAGUUCAGCCUGAGGGCUUUUCAAGCAGUCCUGCUCCCAGCAAAGAUCUUCCUCUUCUUUCUAGUCAUGCGUCUUUGCCCCAGAGCAAUGACAUAGCUCCUUUUGCCUCUGAAGUGGAGAACUUUCUCAAACGGUUUAACAAAGACACUGUUGUGGAGUCUGCAAACAAGGAGUUGCGUGACGGUUUGUAUGAGUGGAGCCCGCUUUCUGGGGCUCCCAAAGAUGCUUUCACAUUUGAAGAGAAGUUUGGAAGCUUCUUAAGUCACAAGGAGAAGGUAGAACCCAAGUCAGAGCCUGCUGAUCGCCAUACUGACUUUCUGCUUCCUCACGAGAGAGCCAGUCAGGAUGGUAGUGGUUUCUCCCGUAUUCUGGGCAUGAUGGCUGAUUCUGUCAGUGCUCAGGAGAAGAGGAGGCGUAGUUUCCCUGACAUUGAGGAUGAAGAGAAAUUUCUUUAUGGUGAUGAGGAUGAAGACACCAAAACUGAAUCUCUCCCUGUUCAGAAGCCCCCAGUGAGUUGUGGCAAUGAGAUAAUAAGCCAGAAAGUGACCCCACCUCCUUCUCCUGCUCCAGCUGUCAAGCUGGAUCCUUCAGAAGAGCCCAAUGCUGAGUAUGCAAAGAUCCAUGACUUACUCAAAACCAUUGGACUUGACAUUGGUGUUGCUGAAAUUGGAAAACUUGCUGUUCGUACCCAGGAACGCCUUCAUGGCAAAAAGUUGGCAUCUCGUUCUCCUGAUCGUCGCUCUUCAGAUACUCGCAGACUGGACCACUGGGACUUGCGUCGCAGUCGGAGUGACACUCGUUCUCCCGAGUCAGGCCAGCAGCGUUCAGCAUCACCUUCUGUCUCUUUCCAGCAGUCUAAAGAUGCAUCGACUCUUCAGAAAUCAGAAUAUACUAAGAUCAAGCCAGUCGGACAGGAUAUACCUCCCUGUGCGCCAGAACAGCCUCUUCCUUCUGUCUCGCUCAUUCCCUCAGUUCCACCACCACCUGCUAGUUUGCCGCCUACACCCCCUUCUGUUUCCCAAUACCAAAUUCCCAACUAUUCCCAGUUCACUCCUACUCAAAUGCCUCAAAACUAUCCACCUCCCACAAUGGCUCCUCCAGGAUAUGAUGCAUAUGGCCACUAUAUGGCGUAUGCAGCCCCUGGCUGGACCAUGUACCCCCCUGCCCAGCAGCCUAAUCCUACACUGCCAGAAGCUCAUGGUCUUCUUACUAUGGCCAUGUCAGCAAACCCCACACGUCCCAACCUCCGGGUGAUUGAGACAGUCUCUAUGGGAAAGGAUGUCCCUGAUGUAAAAAGAGAUAGUUCUGUGCUCGUUCAUGUCCCUACCACUCCUGCUCAUUCCAAAGCACCCCUUCGUCUGUCUUCACACCCUCUCAAAAAUACCACAGAAAAGAUGUCGGAUGAAAAAAAUCGAGCAGCUCAAAAGCAGAAGGUGAUAGAAGAGAGAGAAAAACUGAAGAAUGAACGAGAAGCACGGCAGAAGAAGCUUUACUAUCUCAAGACUGAAUUGGACAGGCUUCGCAAACAGCAAGGAGAGAUGUUGAGGAAAAAACGUCGUGAGAAGGAUGGACACAAAGACCCCUUGUUGGUUGAGGUGAACAGACUACAAGAGAAUAUUAUGAAAGAGAUUUCAGAGCUGCAUAAAGAAUCUGAUGCAGCUGACAAGAAGCAGUCUGAGCUUGACAAAGUAGCACAAAUCCUGGGGAUUAACAUAUUUGAAAAACCCCGGAAACCAUCUAUGGAAACCAAAGAUUCCUCAGAGAAGAACAGCAAGUCAGAAAAUGCAAAAGGUCUGGAGAAAACAUCUUCCUCCAACAAG